ACAUUUCUGAACUCAUAAUUUGGCUUCAAAUAAUCCCUUUUUGAUGAUCCUCACCCUGUCUGAAACUAUUACAAAUCCUCCAAAUUAAUCAAGGCCACGCUUGGGCUCUCGGCCAUUUCAUUAACAAAAACAUGCACCUCCCUUGGUUAGUCAAAUAUCAAUUAGCAGCAACCAUCUUCGUUAUUGUAGCACUUACCAAUGUUACCUGCUUAUAUUUCAAUUUCACUACCUUCAAACCAGAGGAUGAAGCUCGUUUAUUGCUGAACCAGAAUUCAAAAAUAUACUUAGAUGUCAUUCAAGUGACCCCUGAUAUUCGUGGCCCCAUCUCAAACUAUUCUGGUAGGGUCUUCUAUAGGGAACAGCUGAAGCUAUGGGACCGUGAAAGAGGCAUGAAAUCCUCAUUCAAUUCAACAUUUGUUUUCAGUGUUGUUCCUGUAACCUCUCCUGGUGGUGAGGGAUUUGCUUUCAUAUUGACAGAUGACGCCUCUCUUCAAAUUAACAGUGGAGGGCAAUGGCUUGGGAUUGUCAACUCAACAAGCAUUGGGGUCACUAACAUAGUAGCAGUGGAGUUUGAUACAAGGAAAAGCUACCCUGAAGAUAUUAAUGACAACCAUGUAGGGGUGGAUGUAAAGAGCAUCUAUUCCAUUAAGCAAGAACCUCUUGGACCACAUGGUGUUAAUAUUUCUAGCGGCACUAAUGUUGUUGCUACGAUUUACUUUGAUGCUAACGAAGGGAAAAUGACCAUUUUUGUUUCUACAUCAGGAGAUUUGAAAUUGAGGACACCAGUGCUUACGGUGGAACGUGAUCUCUCUGAACUGCUUCCAGAAGAUAUUUAUGUGGGAUUUUCAGCUUCCACAGGAGAAUAUACCCAGAUCAACGCAAUAAGAUCGUGGAAUUUCUCUAGCUGGGAGGAGUAUAUCGAGAAGAAUCCCAAAAAUCUAACAUGGUUAUGGAUCUUGAUUCCAAUAAUUGUGGUUGGAGGAGCAUGUGGGCUUGCUGCUAUAAGCUAUUGGAAAAAAGUAAACAAAAAGAAACAUGGGAUGGAGGAAGAUUUGCAUGUAGAGCUUGAAAUUAAAAGCUCAUCUAAUGCUCCACAUAAAUUUCAGCUAAAGGAGCUUCUAGCAGCCACAAGAAAUUUCCACUCAUCAAACAAGCUUGGGAAAGGAGGAUUUGGCAUGGUUUAUAAAGGCACCAUAAAUGGUAUAGAUGUUGCUGUGAAGAGGAUUUCAAAGAAUUCACGUCACGGUAAGCAAGAUUUUAUAGCAGAAAUCACCACCAUAGGGAAUCUCAAUCAUAAAAAUCUAGUGAAGUUAAUAGGAUGGUGCUAUGAAAAGGGUGAGAUCCUCCUUGUGUAUGAGCUCAUGCAAAAUGGGAGCUUAGACAGAUUCAUUUUUUCCAAAUCAGGAGGGGAUUUAACUCUGAGUUGGGAAAGGAGGCUUAGUGUUAUACGUGGGGUUUCUCGAGCACUAGAUUAUCUUCAUAAUGGAUGUGAUAAAAGAGUGCUACAUAGAGACAUAAAACCCAGCAAUGUGAUGUUGGAUUCAAACUUCAAUGCUCGAAUUGGAGACUUUGGCUUAGCUCGCACCAUUCAUCUUAGUGAAAAAUCUCACCACUCAACUAGAGAGAUUGCUGGAACACCGGGGUAUAUGGCACCAGAAAGCUUACACACCCGAAGGGCUUCAGUUGAAACUGAUGUCUAUGCAUUUGGCAUUCUGAUACUGGAAGUUGUGUGUGGAGGAAGAAAGGGUGAACACAUACAGGAUCUGAGAUGCUGUAACAGCAUUGUGGACUGGGUUUGGGAGCUUCAUGGCAGAGAAAACAUAACUGAUGCCGUGGAUUUGAGACUGAGUGGUGAUUUUGAUGAGGCUCAGGCCAAGUGUGUGCUUGAGUUGGGGUUAGCAUGCAGCCAUCCUAACCCAUAUGAGAGGCCAUCAAUGAGAACUGUGUUGCAGGUGCUAAUUGGGGAAGCAGCUCCCCCAUUUGUACCAUUUGAGAAGCCUGCUUUCACAUGGCCAGCCACUGCUCCUGUUUUCAAUGAAGAGAUGAAUUACCAUGUUACAGUAUCCCAAAAUGAACCAAUAACAGAACUGACUAGCGGGAGAUGAUGAAUCACACUGUCUCAAAAAUUAAAGCUUUUUCAUCUGAAUGAAAAGGGUCAUUA